AUGUCUGCUGUGCAGCACAUCUUCCGCGGAGAGCGUCUGCAGGCUUUCAGCGACGCCGUGUUCGCCAUAGUUGCCACGAUCAUGGUCAUCCCUCUGAAGCUCAACAUCAAAGAGGGAGACAUCCCUUCGGACUACAUCCUUCACGACCACCUGUACAACUUGUACCCCCGCUACCUCAUCUACUUGUUCUCUUUCGUUCUGGUGGUUGACACCUGGUAUAGCCACUCCCGCAUCUUCAGCAUCGUGGAGCAAGUGGACGACGUCAUAAUGUGGCUCAACCUCCUCUCUCUCCUCUUUAUCAGCUUCCUGCCAUACGGCACCGGGCUCAUCAGCCAUUUCCAGGCCAGCAGACCGGAGGGUUUUGAACUAGCAGUUUCCACCUGCUCGGCAAUCAUCAUUCUGACUGGAUUGAUUAUGGUGGUCAUGCUUCUCUAUGCCUUUAGAAAGCAGGCUCUUCUGCAUCCCGAGGUAGCUGACAACACUGACAUGCGCUCUCUGAAGAUAGGACUCCUCACCACGCUCUCCGUGAAUCCCCUCCUUGCUCUGGGGGCACUAUUCUUUAGCCUAUUUCACACAGAAUCAACGCAGAUUAUCUCUCUAGUGUUCUUUUACUGCAUGGGGCUCGGAUCACUCGUAGUGAGAACUGUUAUACACCUUUACCACCGCCGCAAGUGCUACUCCCUGCCCGACUUUGCCACGUCCAUCUUCAGGACUGUGGCCAGCAAGAGCAGGACAGAAGCCUUCAGCGAUGGUGUGUUCUCUAUCGUGGCCACUCUCAUAGUCUUAGACUUCACCGCCACCAUCCCGACUAGCGAGGCGGUCAGAAACAACCACGGUGGGAACCUCAGGUAUGCUCUGGGCUCCACCCGUUUCAUCUACCUCUCCUAUGUGGCCAGCUUCUGCAUCGUGGGUCUCCUGUGGUUUGUCCAGUACGGAAUGUUCCACUUCCUCAAAAAGAUCACCCCAACCCUCUCCUUUAUCAACACGAUCACCCUCUGCCUUGUCGGCGGGAUCCCAUUCGUGUCCUCCAUCUACGUCAUUUUCAUCAGCAACGAAGAGAGUUUGAAGACAAUGUACUCUGUGGAUAACCAACUAGUAGCUAUGAGGGCGUCGGUUGUGCUGGUGUUUCUAGUGGGCCUCAGCCAGCUCCUGUUCUGGAGCAUAGCCCUAUACCAGAAGAGAGAAUGCCUCUCGGAGGAAGUGGACCGCUACCCUGCAGAGAUCCUGAUGUUUGUCAAGAUCAUGAUUUUCCCCACAGUCUCCGGCAUUCUAUUUGGUAUCACGUUCACCGAGGGCAUCUCGGCCAAGCACGUCUACGGCUUUGUCAUAGCCACAACUCCGUUUCUGUUCCUCCUGGCCAAGUUUGUGUUCUUGAUCCAAGAAUGCAUGAAGACUCGUGCGGUCAAGGCAAAGGAAAAGGUGCUACGGCUGAGGUACACUACUCGGCAACAUGAGGGAGAAGAAGAGCACACGCCGGCAGGUCACAGAGUUACUUCGUCACGGAAGCCGUCCAUAUCGGCUCCCAUAAACACCCUAGCUCCUGAACAAGUCCCUCUGAAGGCAGCCAAUUGCUGA